AUGGCGGCGCGAUGGAGCAGCGAGAACGUGGUGGUGGAGUUCCGCGACUCCCAGGCGACCGCCAUGUCCGUGGACUGCGUGGGGCAGCAUGCAGUGCUUUCCGGCCGCCGAUUCCUAUACAUCGUCAAUCUAGAUGCCCCCUUCGAAGGUCACCGGAAGAUCUCACGCCAGAGCAAGUGGGACAUUGGAGCUGUGCAGUGGAAUCCUCAUGACAGCUUCGCACACUAUUUUGCAGCCUCGAGCAACCAAAGGGUCGACCUGUACAAGUGGAAAGACGGCAGCGGGGAGGUCAGCACGACCCUGCACGGCCACACUCGCGUCGUCAGUGACUUGGACUGGGCGCUGUUUGAGCCUGAUCUCCUGGUCACCAGCUCUGUGGACACCUACAUCUACAUCUGGGAUAUCAAGGACACACGGAAGCCCACUGUCGCGCUGUCUGCUGUAGCGGGUGCCUCACAGGUCAAAUGGAAUAAGAAAAACGCUAAUUGCCUUGCCACCAGUCAUGACGGGGAUGUACGGAUAUGGGACAAGCGGAAACCCAGCACGGCAGUGGAGUACCUCGCGGCACACCUCUCUAAGAUCCACGGCCUGGACUGGCACCCGGACAGCGAGCACAUCCUUGCUACCUCCAGCCAAGACAACUCCGUCAAGUUCUGGGAUUACCGCCAGCCUCGGAAAUACCUCAACAUUCUCCCUUGCCAGGUGCCUGUCUGGAAGGCCAGAUACACUCCUUUCAGCAAUGGAUUGGUGACUGUGAUGGUUCCCCAGCUGCGGAGGGAGAACAGCCUGCUCUUGUGGAAUGUCUUUGACUUGAACACCCCGGUCCAUACCUUCGUGGGCCACGAUGACGUGGUGCUGGAGUUCCAAUGGAGGAAACAGAAGGAAGGGUCCAAGGACUACCAACUGGUUACGUGGUCACGGGAUCAGACCUUGAGAAUGUGGCGGGUGGAUUCCCAGAUGCAAAGGCUUUGUGCCAAUGACAUCUUAGAUGGUGUUGAUGAGUUCAUUGACAGCAUUGCCCUUCUCCCGGAACCAGAGAAGAUCCUUCACACCCAGGACACAGACCACCAGCACAACUCCAGCCACGGGGAGGAAGAAGUCUUAAAGGAAGACCCCCUAAGCAGUCUCCUGGAGGAGAAGAAAUCAGAGCAGCUGGGCCUGCCUCAGACUCUGCAGCAGGAGUUCUCUCUGAUCAACGUGCAGAUCCGCAAUGUGAACGUGGAGAUGGACGCAGCAGACAGGAGCUGCACAGUGUCCGUGCACUGCAGCAGCCACCGUGUCAAGAUGCUGGUGAAGUUCCCCGCGCAGUACCCAAACCACGCGGCCCCCUCCUUCCAGUUCAUCAACCCCACCACCAUCACGUCCACCAUGAAGGCGAAGCUGCUCAAGAUCCUGAAAGACACCUCCCUGCAAAAAGUGAAACGCAACCAGAGCUGUUUGGAGCCGUGCCUGCGCCAGCUCGUCUCCUGCCUCGAGUCUUUUGUGAACCAAGAAGACAGUGCUUCCAGCAACCCCUUCGCACUUCCGAACUCCGUCACGCCGCCCCUACCAACGUUCGCCCGGGUAACCACCGCCUACGGGUCCUACCAGGAUGCCAAUAUUCCCUUUCCCAGGACGUCGGGGGCCAGGUUCUGUGGGGCAGGGUACCUGGUGUAUUUCACAAGGCCCAUGACAAUGCACCGAGCAGUCUCUCCUACCGAGCCUACCCCGAGAUCUCUCUCGGCCUUGUCUGCCUAUCACACUGGCUUGAUUGCGCCCAUGAAGAUCCGCACAGAGGCCCCUGGGAACCUCCGUUUGUACAGUGGGAGCCCCACGCGCAGUGAGAAGGAGCAGGUCUCCAUCAGCUCCUUCUACUACAAGGAGCGGAUGUCUCCUCGCUCUGCCCGGCGACGUUGGUCCAUACAAGCAAUUAACGACUUCCCGAAAUCAAGGAGAUGGAAAAGUAAGCGUGAAGGAUCAGACUCUGGCAAUCGACCAAUCAAGGCUGCUGGGAAAGUGAUCAUUCAGGAUAUUGCUUGCCUUCUUCCGGUUCACAAGUCAUUGGGAGAACUAUACAUAUUGAAUGUGAAUGAUAUUCAAGAAACGUGUCAGAAGAAUGCCGCUUCUGCCUUGCUUGUUGGAAGGAAGGAUCUUGUCCAGGUUUGGUCGCUGGCCACAGUAGCCACAGAUCUUUGCCUUGGUCCGAAGUCUGACCCGGAUUUGGAAACACCCUGGGCUCGACAUCCAUUUGGGCGACAACUGCUGGAGUCCCUACUGGCUCAUUACUGCCGGCUCCGGGACGUGCAGACGCUGGCCAUGCUCUGCAGCGUGUUUGAGGCCCAGUCUCGGCCGCAGGGGAUUCCAAACCCUUUCGGGCCUUUUCCCAGCCGCUCAGCUAACCUUGUGGUGUCCCACAGUCGAUAUCCCAGCUUUACAUCCUCAGGUUCCUGCUCGAGCUUGUCCGACCCGGGGUUCAACACUGGUGGCUGGAACAUAGUGGGAAGAGAAACAGAACACCUGUCUUCACCUUGGGGAGAGUCCUCACCAGAAGAAAUCCGCUUUGGGAGUCUGACCUACAGUGAUCCUCGUGAGCGAGAGCGUGAUCAGCAUGAUAAAAAUAAAAGGCUGCUGGACCCUGCUAAUGCCCAGCAAUUCGAUGACUUUAAGAAGUGCUAUGGAGAGAUCCUCUACCGUUGGGGUCUCAGGGAGAAACGAGCCGAAGUGCUGAAGUUUGUUUCCUGUCCUCCUGACCCUCACAAAGGCAUUGAGUUUGGUGUGUACUGCAGCCACUGCCGGAGUGAGGUCCGGGGCACGCAGUGCGCCAUCUGCAAAGGCUUCACGUUCCAGUGCGCCAUCUGCCACGUGGCUGUGCGAGGCUCGUCCAACUUCUGCCUGACCUGCGGACACGGGGGGCACACCAGCCACAUGAUGGAGUGGUUUCGGACUCAGGAGGUGUGUCCCACCGGGUGUGGGUGCCACUGCCUGCUUGAAAGCACGUUCUGA